CCCGUGCGGCCGGUAGGCCCGGGCCGCGCGUUGCUGCUGCUGCCGGUGAACCAGGGUUUUACUUUUAGUGGGAUCUGUCGUGUGACUUGCCUCUAUGGCCAGGUGCAGGUGUUUGGUUUUACCAUCAGCCAAGGCCAGCCUGCCCUAGAUGUCUUCUCUGUCUAUACCCACACCCAUCUGUCUAUCAAUGCACUUCAUUACUCCAUGCCUGAGAAGAGCAAGAAGGAAAUCAAAAGGGAAGCCCGGACUUUGCUCAAAUCUCAUCUUAACCUGGAGGACAGGUGCUGGUCCAUGCACAAUUUUUCUCCUCUGUGUUCCAUUGUGUUGCUAGAACAUCUGAAAACCUCUACUGUCAGCUUCAUAACCAGCUAUCCAGGUUCAUCCUACAUUUUUGUGCAAGAGAGUCCAGCUUUGCAGAUUACUCCUGAAUAUUUAGUCUUGAAGUCUAUUGGCAUCAGAAAAGAGAAAAAAAAGAAAGGCAUUCAGUUAAGUGAGAGUACCCUUUCAGCACUGGAGGAGUUAGUCACUGUUUCUUGUGAAGAAGUCGAUGGCUGCCCUGUCAUUCUGGUUUGUGGCUGUCAGGAUGUUGGAAAGUCAACGUUUAAUAGAUAUCUGAUUAAUCAGUUGUUAAAUAGUAUUCCUUGUGUUGACUAUAUGGAAUGUGAUCUGGGCCAGACAGAAUUUACUCCUCCUGGCUGUAUUUCUUUGCUUAAUAUUACAGAACCGGUUCUGGGACCACCUUUUACCCACCAGAGGACACCACAGAAGAUGGUGUAUUAUGGGAAAACUUGUUGUAAAGAAAACUAUGAGAAUUACAUUGAAACAAUAAAAUAUGUGUUUAGCUCUUACAAGAGAGAGUCCCCUCUUAUCAUCAACACGAUGGGCUGGGUGACAGACCAAGGGCUGUUGCUUCUCAUUGAUCUGGUCCGAUUGCUAUCUCCUAGCCAUGUGGUUCAGAUUAGCUGUAGCCAGAGUAAAUACAUGCCCAACCUCACCCCGCAGUAUGUGGAUGACAUGGAUGGCUUGUACACCAAAAGCAAGGCCAAGAUAAAAAAUCAAGGUUUCAAACUUGACGAAUUUCCAGAGAUCUUGGAAUUUGCUGACGAAGAAAAAGAGAAUCCAGUUGUGUUUACUGGACAUAAACUGAUGUGUGUUCGCUCAGAGUUUCCACACAGAAAAACUGCAAGAAGUAGAGAUACGUUUAACAGAAUGCUUCGCGAUCUGGCAGUGUUAAGUUACCUUAGCCAGCUGCAGCCCCCAGUGCCAAAACCACUCAGUUCUCUGCAUAGUCUGACACCCUAUCAGGUCCCUUUUAAUGCAGUUGCGCUCCGGAUUACCCAUGCUGAUGUCGCCCCUACCCAUAUAUUGUAUGCCAUGAAUGCCAACUGGGUUGGCCUCUGCAAGAUCCUAGAUGACGUCAGAGGAUACACAGAUGGGCCCAUCCUGCUUGCCCAGACACCCAUAUGUGACUGUGUAGGCUUUGGCAUCUGCAGAGGCAUUGACAUGGAGAAGCGACUGUACCACAUCCUCACUCCUGUGCCCCCGGAGGAGCUAAGAACCGUGAAUUGUCUGCUGGUCGGAGCCAUUGUCAUUCCGCAGUGCAUCCUGAAGAACCAGUAUGGAAUCGAAGGGGCAGUACCAUAUGUCACAACAGAUUACAAUUUUAAACUUCCUGGAGCAUCAGGACUGAUCGGAACAAGAGAAACUGAAGAAAGUCAUAAGGAGAAACCACCGCCAAGAUUUAGGUUUUAUCGAAAAACAAAGUGA